AUGGCUUUGGAUCGCGAUCCCGACGAUGAAACUACGGUAACUUGAUUUAAAAAAAAAUACUUAUAAAAAAAUUAUUUCAGUUCAAUUUCGAUGAUUUGCCACUUCGUCUCAUCGAGCAAAUUUUCAAAUAUUUGAAAACUUUCGAAAUUGUGAAAAUGAGAAGAGUUACACCGGCUUUAAAAGAUUAUGUGGAUGAAUUGCCAAAGACUAAGAGGUGAGGAUUUUCGGGCCACUUUCAGCCCAAAAAAUCAUGUUUCCAGCUCAAUUUGGUCAUACAAAAUAUUCAUCAAAGACAACAAAUUUACAUUUAAUCAAGAAAAUCUGUCAAGUAUGACAUAUGCCGUUUCUGGGAACACAUAUCAAAUCUACGGAAAUGUUCAGCUGAAUUGGAUUCAACCUCGAAAAGUCUACUAUGAGUCAUCAAAUAUUCUGGAGAGCUCACUGAGAUUUCAAGGAUUCUUGCAAAAUGUUCAAUAUUUCAAAGUUUCCAAUAUCAUGAAGGGCGAAAACUGUGUGAAAAACUUUUGUGAAAAUCUGCGAUUCUUUAUGAGUAUUGAGAAAUUCAAAUUAUUCGAUGCGACAUUGAGCGAAGACGAAUUGGUGCAAAUUCUUUCAAGUCUCGAAAAACCCGAUCACUUUUUCCAAUUGACACUGGACCAGUCUCUACCAUUUCUAACAGCCCCAAUUCUUGAUUGCUUUUUCAAGAUCAGUCGCGGAAGACAAACGACUCUCAAUAUUCGAAGUGAAAAUGGAUGGAGGUUCAGAAUGAGUGAAGAACAAUGGAGAGAUGGUGUUUUUCGAUUCUUCGAUUAUAAAUAUGAGCAGGAAGACGAUGAAUUUGGUAUGAAAUUGUUGAAAUUCAAAAUAUGCGAUAGAAAGACUGGAACUGCAAUGAUUUCAGCGGUUAAGCAAAAAUUCAACAAUCAGGCAAAUGUUGGGAAGCGCGGGAAUUUAGUUUCGAUCUCUGUUGGAAAUCGAUGUUUGCAAUGUUAUUUGAGAUGA